GGCGGAGCCCUCUCUCAGUCAGUCUGUCCGCCAACUUCCUGCUUGGGGCCUGAGCAGCCACAUUCCAGGCAAGCUGGGCUGACUGAGGGGCUCAGAGGCCAGGUUUUGAGGCCCAGGGAGGGCCUAGGGUGGGAAGAUGGCAGGCGGGGGCAGCGACCUGAGCACCGGGAGGCUGAAUGAAUGUAUUUCACCAAUAGCAAUUGUGACGAACCAUCGUCCUACGCACAGCGACAGUUUGCAAAGGAUGUUCGUGGAAGACCAGGACAUAGAUGAGGGGAUUUUCUGUGACACUGUAUUCAAGCACUUCAAAAGAUAUAAGGUGGAGAUUUCAAAUGCAAUAAAAAAGACAUUUCCAUUCCUUGAGGGCCUCCAUGACCGUGAACUCAUCACAGAUAAAAUGUUUGAAGAUUCUCAAGAUUCUUGUAGAAACCUGGUCCCUGUACAAAGAGUGGUGUACAAUGUCCUCAGUGAACUGGAGAAGACAUUUAACCUGUCAGUUCUGGAAGCACUGUUCAGCGAGGUCAACAUGCAGGAAUACCCCGAUUUAAUUCACAUUUAUAAAAGCUUCGAAAAUGUGAUCCAAGACAAGCUGCGUUUACAAGACAGUGAGGGAGAAGAGAGGGAGGAGAGGCCUGACGUCCAACUUAGUCUUGAACAAGGAACUGGUGAAAACUCUUUUCGAAGCCUGACCUGGACACGUUCGGGUUCCCCGUCUUACGAUGGUACAACCCCACCUGAAAACGGACUCUCAGAGCACCCCUGUGAAACAGAACAGAUACAUGCAAAGAGAAAAGAUACAACCAGUGACAAAAAUGAUGCACUAGGAAGCCAACAAACAAAUAAACAAUAUGCCCAAAAGGCUGAGCCGGCAGAGUCCUGCGAACAAGCCGCUGUCCGAGUGAAUAAUGGAGAUGCUGGACGGGAGACACCCAGCCCAUUGCCCUGUCAUGAAGAAAGAUCUUGCUCUGUCACCCAGACUGGAGUGCCUAAGUGUAAUCAUGGCUCACUGCAGCCUCAAUCUCUUGGGCCCAGGCAAUUCCCCCAAGUAGCUGAGAUGACAGGGUCAGAGCUACGCAACCAUGGAGUCCAAAUUAAUUCCUGUUCUGUGCGACUGGUGGAUAUAAAGAAGGAAAAGCCGUUUUUUAAUUCAAAAGUUGAGCGCCAAGCCAAAGCAAGAACUGAUCGUAACCAGGUGUCUGACAUAAUAGUCAUCAGCAGUGAGGACUCUGAAGGAUCCACUGACGUUGAUGAGCCCAAAGAAGUCCCCAGCUCAGCACCGAGAAGUGAGCCUGUGGUCAAUAAUGACAGCCCUUUAGAAUCAAGUGAGGAAGAGGAGGACCAAAAAGCCACUUGCUCAAGAUCUCAGACUGGAUCAGACACCAUGGAUUUCAGAAAAUCGCCUAUAUUCAGAGAAAGCUGUAGGAAAAGAGGACAAGACCAUGACUCUUCAGAAUCCAGUGAGGAAGAUGCAAUUCCAAGAAUCUUAAGCAGGGCACUGAGAAGCAAGCACAGCGAGAAUGAUCCUAUGACUUCUGGAAGUACAUCUGCUUGGAGAACACACAAGAAGAGACGUUUCAGCAGUACUGACUUUUCAGAGCUGAGUAAUGGAGAAGAGCCUCAGGAAACCUGCAGCUCACCCCUAAGAAGUGGGUCAGGAACAGAGCUACAAGAACCUGAAAAUAAGAAGUGCACCUGUGUCAUGUGUUUUCCAAAAGGUGUGAAAAGAAGCCAAGAAGCAAGGCCUGAAAGUAGCCAAGCAUCUGGCAUGAUGGAUACCAUGGAUGUUGAAAACAAUUCUACUUUGGAAAAACACAGUGGGAAAAGAAGAAAGAAGAGAAGACAUAUGUCUAAAGCAAACGGUCUCCAAAAAGGGAGAAAAAGAGGCAGACGUAGAAAACACUCAACAUGGAAUAACAAAGCCCUACAGACAAGAAGGCAUCCAAAAGGAAUAAAAGCCAACACUAAACCUUUGAAAAGAAGAAGAAGAAGAAGAAGAAGAAGAGCUCCAAGAAUUCCCAGAGAUAAAAAUAUUGAUUUUGAACAACCUGAACUUCCUGUGACCUGUGGUAAACUGAGGGGCACUCUACAAAAGGAGCGAUUCAAACAAGGAACCUCAAAGAAGUGUAUACAGAUUGAGGACAAAAGGUGGCUCACUCCCAGGGAAUUUGAAAUUGAAGGAGGCUAUGAAGCAUCCAAGAAUUGGAAGCUAAGCAUACGCUGUGGUGGAUACACCCUGAAAUCACUGAUGGAGCAACGACGCCUGCCAGAACCACCAACCACAAGAAAAAAGCAGAGAAUACUGAAGUCUCGCAACAAUACCUUAGUUGACCCUUGUGUAAGUAUAAGUUUGCAACUACAACCCCAAAAUGGUUCAGGCAUUUCUCCAGACACACUAUGUCAUGACGGCCUUUCCCCAAAGCGUGCUCAGUCUCAGUUGGAGUAUGUUGCUGUGUGUGAUGAGCAAAGAAUACCAGAUGCAUCACCAGAUGCAAACCAGGUCAGUGUUCUGCCUGCUUCCGGACGAGCAACAAGACAUGUGCUCCGGUUCUCAGACUUCCCCAGCAGCAUGGCCCCAAAACGCCAGUCUCCACUCCUGCCUCAAAAGAAGAAACCAAGACCACCUCCUGCUCAGGGACUGGAGGAGACAUCGGCCUCAGCAGGUUUGCUGGAGAAGGGAGAAAAAGAACAGCAAGAAGCAAUUGAACACAUUGAUGAUGUACAAAAUGAAAUAGACAGACUUAAUGAACAAGCCAGUGAGAAGAUUUUGAAAGUAGAACAGAAAUAUAACAAAUUCCGCCAACCAUUUUUUCAGAAGAGGUCAGAAUGGAUUGCCAAAAUCCCAAAUUUUUGGGUAACAACAUUUGUCAACCAUCCACAAGUGUCUGCACUGCUUGGGGAGGAGGACGAAGAGGCACUGCAUUAUUUGACCAGAGUUGAAGUGACAGAAUGUGAAGAUAUUAAAUCAGGUUACAGAAUAGAUUUUUAUUUUGAUGAAAAUCCUUACUUUAAAAAUAAAGUUCUCUCCAAAGAAUUUCAUCUGAGUGAGAGUGGUGAUCUAUCUUCAAAGUCCCCUGAAAUCAAAUGGAAAUCUGGAAAGGAUUUGACAAAACGUUCAAAUCAAACGCAGAAUAAAGCCAGCAGGAAGAGGCAGCAUGAGGAGCCAGAGAACUUCUUUAGCUGGUUUACUGACCAUUCUGAUGCAGGUGCUGAUAAAUUAGGAGAGGUCAUCAAAGAUGAUAUUUGGCCAAACCCAUUACAAUACUACUUGGUUCCUGAUAUGGAUGAUGAAGAAGGAGAAGGAGAAGAAGAAGAAGAAGAAGAAGAAGAAGAAGAAGAAGAAGAAGAAGAAGAAGAAGAAGAAGAAGAAGAAGAAGAAGAGGAGGAAGGAUUAGAAGAUAUUGAUGAAGAAGGGGAUGAGGAUGAAGGUGAAGAAGAUGAAGAUGAUGAUGAAGGGGAGGAAGGAGAGGAGGAUGAAGGAGAAGAUGACUAAUAGAACACUGAUGGAUUCCAACCUUCCUUUUUUUAAAUUUUCUCCAGUCCCUGGGAGCAAGUUGCAGUUGUUUUUUUUUUCUUCCCUCUUGUGCUCAGUCACCCUGUUUUUGAGGUCUCUUUUCUCUACACCAUGGUUCUCAACUUAUUUGGGGGGGAAAUAUCUUGAGCGGAUACAAUGGGAAAAGAGUCUCUACCCCUUUCUGUUUGGAAUUCAUUUUUAUCCCUUCCUGACUGAACAAAAACUGUAUGGAAUCAAUACCACCGAGCUCUGUGGGAAAAAAGAAAAACGUGCUCCCUUCGCUCUGCUGGAAGCUGGAGGGUGCUAGGCCCCUGGGUAGUAGUGCAUAGAAUUCUAGCUCUUUUCCUCCUUUCUCUGUAUAUUGGGCUCAGAGAGUACACUGUGUCUCUAUGUGAAUAUGGACAAUUAGCAUUUACCAACAUGUAUUUGUCUACUUUCUCUUGUUUAAAAAAAAGAAAAAAUAACUUUUAAAAAUGGGGUUAUAGAAGGUCAGCAAAGGGUGGGUCUGAGAUGUCUGGGUGGGGUAAGUGGGCAUCUUGACAACAUGGCUUCUCCUUUGGCAUGUUUAACUGUGACAUUUGACAGGCAUCCUUGCAGUUGAAGAUGACACUUUUAAAAUAAAUUCUCUCCUAAUGAUGACUUGAGCCCUGCCACUCAAUGGGAGAAUCAGCAGAACCUGUAGGAUCUUAUUUGGAAUUGACAUUCUCUACUGUAAUUUUGUUCCUGUUUAUUUUUAAAUUUUCUUUUUGUUUCACUGGAAAGGAAAGAUGAUGCUCAGUUUUAAACGUUAAAAGUGUACAAGUGCUUUGUUACAAUAAAACUAAAUGUGUACACAAACGAUUUGAUGCUCUUCUCUCAGCACAGGUCUGCUUACCUUCCAAGUUUGACUUGUACAACAUCACUGUCAAACUUUGUCACCCUAACUUCAUAUUUUUUUGAUACGCACUUUGCAGGAUGACCUCAGGGCUAUGUGGAUUGAGUAACGGGAUCUGAAUCAAUGUAUUGAUAUCACCAUAGCUGGGAAAGUGGGUACAAUUUGCCAUUGGUUUCUGAAAGUACUCACAUCAUUUGGGAUACCAGAUUGCUCAAUACUUUGAGUAUAUUGUGCCCUUGAUUUUUAUCUCCAAGUGGCAGUUUUUAAAAUUGGCCAUUUACCUGGAUAUAAAAUAAUAGUACCUGCCACCACCAUCCAACAGACCUGGUGCUCUCAUGCCAAGUUAUACGUGGGACAGUUGCUGGCAUGUCUUCAUUGGCUAUAUAAAAUGUGGCCAAGGAGAUAGGCUCUCAGAGUAAGGAGUCUGCGAUGGUUGGCGGUAACUGUCCCAGCUCUCUGGUAUAAAGUUCUCAAAUGUGACUAUGUGAAUCUGGGUGGAAUAAUGGACUCAGCUCUGUCUGCUCAAUUCCAUUGUGCAGAGAAGCACCCUAAUGCAUAAGCUUUUUAAUGCUGUAAAAUAUAGUAGCUGAAAUUAAAUGCCACUUUUUCAGAGGUGAAUUAAUGGACAGUCUGGUGAAAUUCAAAAGCUUUUUGAUGUAUAAAACUUGAUAAAUGGAACUAUUCCAUCAAUAGGCAAAAGUGUAACAACCUGUCUAGAUGGAUAGUAUGUAAUUUCCGCACAGGUCUCUGUUUAGUAAAUACUUCACUGUAUACUGAACAGGGAUCUUGCGCCAAUAAAGGAACAUAAAGAUUAAAAAAGAAACAAAACAAAACUAUAAACCCAGCCAAACAAAAUGAUCUUUCUUUUAAUAAGAAAGACUAAGUUAAUGUUGUUGAUUUAAUGAAAACACUUGAAUCCUCUGAGUUAUUGAUGGGAAUACCCAUGUAGUUAAUUUAAGGUUCUUACUCAGGUGAACAUUUGAAAUUCACAGGUUAUAAAAUGGCUAACAAGGAAAUGAUGCAUAAAUAAUCUAAUAAACUACUGAGUCUCAUCUGUUACAACAAAAAGGAGAAACAGUUACAAGACCCCACACCAGGGCAAGCUCAGGCACUCCCCGUGGAGAUGUGCCCAAGGAAUGGCUCCAAAUAGGCCACUCGAAUUCUGCCACUGAAAGGGAACACAUGGGCAAGAUAUAUCUUACAGCCUAGAAUUUUCUCAUACAUGUGACUUUAGUCUCUUCUUUGUAUAGUGACUUUGUAGAUGAAGAGAAAUUACCACACCUUACAUGCUAAGUUGACUAAGUCAUGGGGGCUCUUCCUCCAGGUUCCCAGAGCAAAAAGUAAAAAGGCUUGUACUCCCUGGUGCCCACCUGAUCAUCUUGCCCAUGGAUUUUCCCUCCUAGAGGUACUGCUGCAGGCCCAGGGCCCUCCAAGCAAAGAACUGACAUCCAGGAACUCCUCCCCAAGCCCUUUCUUCAACUCAUUUUUGCGUAUGGCAAGAGUGUGGGUUGCAGUGAUAUCUCAGAAGUUUACUCCAUCAUAUUAAUUUCUCAGUAAAUCACCCUUUGACAAGUCAGUUUAUUUAUUUAUUUUUUUUAAUUUUUUAUUGGAUUAUAGGUUUUGGGGUAUAUGAGCAGAGCAUGCAAGACAGUUUAAAGAAUACAACAUAGACAGUUAGAAAAGACACUAUUUCUGGGCCCGGUUUUGCCAGCUGCAUAAUAAAUUGAUCAAAGUAUCUCUAAUUCAUCAUAUUUUUGUCACUAGUUAUGUCAGAAUCUCUGCUUUCAUAAACAAAACUUUUCUGGCCUGACACACAACCUCUAUCUCCUGAACUUUUCUGCAGACCAAAAUGUUUUCUGAGAUCUCCACUCAGUAAUCCUUCAUAUUUCGAGGAGAGAAAUUUACAAGUGUGCCCUUGAUACAUGAAAAGGUCACAUGUUCUAGGAUCCCAGGGUUUCACUGAUUUCAGUGAUGUCUACA